UUUUGUUUUCAGGAGAGUUUCACUCAUUUUCAGUCAGACGAGAGAACCAGCAGAACCAGCAGAACCAGCUGUUAGAGACUUUUCUGUCUCUAAGAUAAAUAAUAACACAUAAAAUCACACUGUGGAGGUUUAAACUUAAACUUAAGCAGCUCUCUGACCGGUUGUGACUCGUGACCCGACGAUGAACCGUUAGUCCGUGUCCACUUCACGGUCCACUUCACGGUCCCGGUCCCGGUCCCGGUCCACCUCACCAUGCUCCGGGAGUCGUAUCCCUUCGUCGAGGACAGUUUCAGCCGCUUCCCGUCGCAGAGCAACGUGUACGGGCUGUGUCAGGCCGGCGAGCAGGAGCUGCUGGCGGCCACUCUCAAAGGGAAGGUGGUGUGCUUCAGGUACCAGGAGCUGCAGCAGAAGAUCCGACCCGUGGCCAAAGAGGUCCAGUUCACCUACAUACCAGUUGAUGCAGAGAUCGUAUCAAUCGACGCCUUCAACAAGUCUCCACCCAAAAGAGGUCUGGUGGUGGGCAUCACAUUCGGGAAGGACUCCGGCGACAAAGCCACGCCGUUCCUGAAUAUCUACUGCGACUAUGAGCCCGGCUCCGAGUUCAACCUGGAGUCUAUAGCACAGAGUUGCCUGAAUCUGGAGCUGCAGUUCACGCCCUUCCAGCUUUACCACACAGAGGUGCAGUGUGACGAUGGAGGCAGAGAGACGGUGUUUCUGCUCAGCGGUCAUGACCAGAGGAUCCACCUGUACAAGGAGAACGCCUCCCUCCACCAGUUUGAAGAGCAGCCAGUGGAGAGACUCUUCCCAGAGCUACAACAGCUGCCCAGCAACGUCCUGUGGUUGGAUGUGUUGAGUAUAGCUGGUGGCCGCCGACUGUCAGCGUUUGGCUGUCAGAACGGCUGCGUUGGACUGGCUCUGGUCAACCAGACGGGACCAGAGGUUUUGCAGAGCUGGCGGUUCCAGUUUGACAGUCCGAUCUCUACAGUGCUGCUGUUUCCUCUGAGCUGCCAACCUGAUGCCGACCUGCCCAGCGGCGAGAGAAGUUUAGAGAUGGAAGGCUACAACCUUCUGGUAACCAGUACAAUAGAAAUGGCAGUCGUCUACAGAGACGUCCAGGAUCGAGGCUUGUCUUGCCCGGUGUGUCUCUCAGAGAGUGACCAGUGGGACGCAGUGCUCUGUGCUCUGGUCAUUGACCUGGAUUUUGACGGGCAGAAGGAGGUGCUGUUGGGAACAUAUGGACAGGAACUUCUUUGUUACAAGUUCCAGCCGGCAGGGAGCGGGCGAGACGGACAGUUUCAGCUGCAGUGGAGGCGGAGCUUCAACAGUCCUCUACUGUCAAUCAUCUACUUAGAUCUGACUGGGGAUGGUUUGAGGGAGAUGGCUGUCCUCACACUGAAGGGACUGCAUAUCUUACAGCACACUCUCACCAGCACUGCUGAGUUGGUCCUCGAGCGGCUCUCCCAGAGGGUGUCAGCGCUGACAGCCGGCUCUGAGCCGGAGUCAGCCAAAGCUCAAGACACGGAGGAAAAUGAUUCCCCAGCCAAGAAAGAGGAGUGUACAGCUCAGACACCGUCAGAUUAAAAAAAACAAGAACUGUGCCUUCUGUUUACAUGUGGAUCGUCCUGAUGGUUCAGACUGAACGUCACACACUGCUGCCCGAAACACUGAAUACUGAAUACAAGAAAGUGAAGAGCUCACAUCAAUGUGCUGUAGAUAGUGUACAGUAAUUUACAGAUAAUAAAUGACACAUUUGCAUCCAUA